AUGGCUCAGAUCGAGGCAACCGCCACGAACGCCCUCGACGCGGCGCUAACAGAGCUGCGGAGGUCGCCCAUCGAAGGGCCGCACCCGACGUCGGCGAGCGACGCGCGCGCCUGGGCCGACGCGCGCGGCUACGCCUGGGGCGACGACGCGGCGCACCUCGCCGCCUUCCUCGAGUGCGAGGCGCGCGCGGCGAAGCUGGCGGCGGCGAAGCGCGCCCGCGCCGCGCCCGCGGGCGCCGUGCGCAAGCUCCGCGCCGCCGCGCUCGCGCGGGAGCUCGGCGCGGCGGACGCCGACUGCGCGUCGACGGACGCGGCGCUCGCGUUCGCCGUCGCCCGGGCCGAGGCCGGCGGCCCGGCCCUCGGCGCGGACCCGGCGCCGGCGACGCCGGAGCAGCGCGCCAAGCUCGAGGCCGUGCGCGACGCCAUGCGGACGGACUACGGCCUGCGGCGGCGGAUGAUGCUCAAGCGGUGCGACGUCACGGUCCAGGCCUUUUUGUGGAGCGACUCCGCGCGGGGCAACGAGGACGCGAUCGUCUCCGCCGUCGCCGCGGCCCGCGACGCCAUCGGCGGCGAGCCGCCGCCCCUCGCCGUCGACGACGCGCUCGCGAUGUCCCGGCGCCGCGCGCGCGACAUCGCCGCGCGGCUCGAGCAGCCCAUCUCCGCCACGUCCAAGGUCACCGUCGACGCGCCCAUGAAGUCCGUCAUCAUCGGCGCCGUGCCGGACCGCGGCGGCCACGCCCACAAGCAGCGGCCCUCCGCGCGGGACAUGAUGCCCGCGUGGCAGCAGCGGACCGAGGGCGGCGGCAAGGGCGGCAAGGGCCGCGGCGGCGGCAGGGGCCGCGGCGGCGGCGGCGGCAAGGGCCGCGGCGGCGGCCGGGGCAAGGGGAAGCGUAAAUGA